AAGUGGUGCCGAAGGAAACCGGUGGUCCUCUGCCGCGCAGGAUUCCGGUACGACGGCUCAGUCGCGGUCCCGUGUUCGGCGCACGAGUGCACCUUAUACUCGGGGUGGUAGCGGGAUCGUACGAGAGCGCCGGAGUGAGUUUGAAAUUCGUUCAACGCGACGACCGAGUGAUUCAACGUAAUUCUCGCGCGGCGCCUAUUUAUACCUCACCGCACCUAAAAUCCAAAAGAAAACCACGAUAAUAUAAACAAUUCGUCACAUUGCAGUUCGUUAUUUGUUAUUUUCAGAUCGCAAGUAAGAGAGAUGGCUGUGGAACAGCCGAGGUACAAAUUGAUCUACUUUAAUGCACGAGGUCGUGCCGAGCAUAUUCGCUACAUAUUCGCCUAUGCGGGCAUCGAUUAUAUCGACGAGAGGAUCUCCAACGACCGCUGGCCUGAGGUUAAAAAGUCGAUGCCUUACGGGAUGCUGCCAGUUCUGGAGAUAGACGGCAAGCCGAUAGCGCAGAGCAACGCCGUGGCGCGUUACCUGGCCCGCGAGCAUAAUCUCGCGGGCAAGGACGAAUGGGAAUCGAUGCUGUGCGACGUGCUGGUCGAUACCUUGGGAGACCUGAAACAAUUUAUCUUUCAAUAUCGCACGGAGGAAGAUCAUUUUAAGAAAGAGGAGAAGAAGGCGAAGCUCCUGAAGGAAACAAUACCGUUCUACCUGAAUAAGUUCGAGCAGACUGUUGCCGAGAACGGUGGUUACGCGGUCGGUUCCACGACCACGUGGGCGGACUUCGUGUUCACGGUGGCGUUAGAGAACUUUGAGAACAUUUUCGGUGCGACCGCCUUGGAGAAUUACCCGGCGUUACGCGGCCUGAAGAAUCGAGUGCACGAAAUUUCAGCAAUCGCCGACUGGCUGUCCCGACGACCUCAUUCGGAGUUCUGAAAUGUCGCUCCAACGACGACGGCAAUCGGAAGGCGACGUCGAUGGCGCAUCACAAACAAGCACAUAUCUGACGCUUGCAGCUCACUGUCCGACUGUCCUGCAUCGCUCUGACGACGAUCGAUAUAUUAAUCGCUGAGUAACACAAUAAACACGAUGCGUUUCGCGUCUAUUUUUUUGGAGCGCGCUUUUUUUUAGGCUACCUAUAUUUACAAUAAAGUUCUCUAAAUUUGAAAUAAAUAUCCAGACAGCAUGUCUAAAAUUGGGACACGAGACUUAUAAGACAUUUUUAAGACAUCCUUAAGACAUCUUUAAGACGUCUUAUGAUAUGUCUAAAAAAUGUCUUGUCCCGAUUUUGAACAUGGUGCUCUGUCUGGGUAUUUAUAAUUAAGUUUUCUAAAUUUUUCCGAACACUUUAAACUUCGAGAUCGAUUUGCUUGGAAAAUGUUACGUCAACGUUUACUUUUAAGUGACGUUUUAUUCACAUGAAACAGUAUACUAGUCCAGAGACGCAUGCAGGAAAGAUUGAUAUUAUUAAUUCGUAUAUCAAUAGUCACAAAAAUGCAACCUUGUUCGUUAUUGUUAAAACAGAAAGAAAAUAAGACAGCGCUAUUGUUCUUAUCCCAGUCAGCUUAAUUUUGUCACACGUAUGCGAGUUACACGAACUUACAUAUCAUAUAGAUCGAUCACAGAUCGUUUGCGACACUUGUUUUCGCACAGCUAUAGCAGAUUAUGCGAACAAUGUGCGCAUAUAAGAUUAUUGUCGAAUGGAUGUCUAGGGUACAAAUUAAGCUUGGUCAAUGUGUUCAUUUAUCGCGCGUCGUGUGCGUCGUGUGAUGCGUGAAUGGUGCAUCGUCACAAUAAUACGAUUUCUGUCGCGAUCGCCGAAAAAGACGAGAUUAAGCGCGACAAGCGUGGUAUUUCGAACGGAUAUCGUAAUCGAUCUCUUUUUUUUUAACGGAUCCAAGCCGAACGAGCAAGCGCGAAUGAAUAAAUCAAUGAAGGCGAACGGUGCCGCUGUACCGGCGAAAUUAAGGUAAGUCGUUUAAUUGUUCGUGCUUGUUCGCGCUCGCUCGCUCGGUCCGUUUUUAUACCGUUGAUUGCGAUAUCACCCGUUGAUUUCGAUAUCACGAUCUUUAUUACAUAAGAUCUUGAUACUUCAUAAAAUCAUCCUUACUUGUUUUGCACGAAAUAUAUCUAGUCGAAGUUGAAUGCGGUGUAAUGUUACAGGGUAAUACUAAAUGUACGAAGAAUAAAAGGAUCUAUUGCACGAAUGAACAGCAACACGCUGUAAGUACAAUUCCACAUGAGUAUUUUAUGUAUAUAGAAUUUUGCAGCCAGCAAAAGUGAUGCAACAAAUGCAACAAAAUAGAAUGCAGUCGAUAAGAUUAAUUGUAACAAAUAAAGAUUCAAAGAUAAUUUAUGAUAUCCUUUGCUUUUAUCAAUAAGACAGCGACUUAAACGUAUUUCAUAAGAUCAUCGUGUUUGAGCGAGAUAACUGAACGAGAAAAUGCGCUUGUAAAAUACAUCUUGUUAGAAUAGGGCAGCGAAACGGUAGACUUUUUAAUGUGCUACGAUGAAGAUGAUAAAAAGCUUUGUCCUUUCGUCGACGCUUGAAAACAUACUCGCGGGUAUGGCAACAUAGUCAAUUAUAAUUAUCAAACGAGAUCUUUAAGAGCGAGAUUUGUGAGUGUAUACGUGAAUGUACAAUACAUGUUGCAACGUUACGAUGCGGUGUUAUAUAUGUAAUGUUAAAGUGUAUUAUUAAGUGUUGAGAUUACAGAUGAUGUAAUAUAAAUAUUAUUGUGAUUACACGAUGGGACAGCAUGACUGAUAAUAAUAACAUAAUGCAAACGAG